CUGUUAGCGGUUGAACAACUCGACAGAAGACGAGAAGUGUUACUGUAGCCUGCUUUCCAAAUUUCAUCCUACCACUAAUAAAAGCUCGCUCAGCCUUUUCGUGGACAUAACGACUUACAGAGUCAAUUUUCAUUCAAAGCUUCCUGAAUCAUCAUGUUAACAACUUAGCAAACAGUGGCUGAACUAGCUUAGCUUGCUACGUGGCUAAACCAAACGGGCACGUCGAGCUCUGAAGUAAAACUCUAACGUUACGUGAUUACAACUCAUUGAGACAGUGUGUUUAUCGAUCGCUAAUAGGUUUGUCCAAUGCAGUACUGCAGUACUCGGGGUGGGGUCCGUGGAUGGGACUUCCAGGAUGUGCUGUUUUCAGGUUAUGCUCCAGAUGGAGGGAUGUUCAUGCCUGAGAGUCUGCCUUUACUGAGCCCAGACACCCUAAGGGGCUGGAGGGGGCUGACCUACACCGAGCUGGUGGUGGAGGUCGCCUCGCUGUUCAUCCCCUCUCAGCUGAUCCCCAGAGAGGACCUGGAGGUCCUAGUAGGUGAAGCCCUGUCUGGUUUCUCACUGCCUGAGGUGGUGAGAAUUGCCCGGCUGAAAGAGGGUCUGUCAGUCCUCGAGCUCUUCCAUGGAGACACCUUGGCCUUUAAGGACCUGGCCAUGACCUGCACUGUGCGCUUCCUCGACUACUUCCUGCGAAAACAGAAUCGCAGAGCUACUGUUCUUGUUGGCACAUCAGGGGACACAGGUGGCUCGGCUAUCCACAGUGCCAAAGGUCUCUGUGGGUUGGAGGUGGUGGUGGUUUACCCCAGAGGACGCAUCACUCCAGUCCAAGAGAAACACAUGAUCACCUGCCUGGAGGAUAAUGUCCAUGUGUUUGCAGCUGAUGGCAGCUCUGAUGACAUAGAUCAGCCUUUGCGCCGUCUCUUUGCUGACCAGGAGCUGGUCAGGUCUCAUGGCCUCAUGAGCCUCAACUCAGUUAACUGGUCCAGAGUCAUGAUCCAGCUCGCCCACUUCAUCUAUGCUUACCUGGAGCUCAGUGGUAUGGAGCAGGCCGAGGCUAAGGGGGAGUUGCCUGAGCUGGAGGUGGUGGUGCCCACUGGAGGGGCGGGGAACAUUGCAGCUGGCUACAUAGUAAAACAGAUGGGGUUGCCCCUGAAGUUGGUGGCCAUGGUGAAUUCUAAUGACAUAGUGCACAGGACAGUAACCAGUGGUGACUUUUCCAUGGCAGCUAAUGUCACACAAACUUUGGCCCCCGCCAUAGACAUCCAGGACCCGUACAACAUGGAGCGGGUGUUCUGGCUGCUUCUGGGCAGAGAUGGAGCUACAGUGAAGAGCAUGCUGGAGGAGUUUCAACAAUCACAUAGACACUCUCUGCUGGAAAACCACCGCAAACUACUGUCACAGGUUUUAUCAACUGGAACAGUGAGUGAUGAAGGGAUCCUGGAGACCAUGAGGAGAUGCUGGGAGGAAAACCAGUAUGUCCUGUGUCCACACUCAGCUGUGGCUGUAUGGCAUCACUACCACUGUCCUCACAACCCCGGGAUCAACAGGUGUUAUAUUGCAACAGCAUCUCCAGCCAAGUUUCAGGCAGCAGUGCAGAGGGCUGGCCUGACCUUUGACCUACCUAAGGCAGUACUGGUGUUGGACAAAUUGGCCACCCGUUACCAGAACCUGGAGCGAAGCCCAAACUGGUGCAAAGAUUGGGAGGACAGACUGAGAGAGAAGAUCCAGUCUGUGAGUUCAGUCAGGAAAAACAAAGGGACGUACUACAGCUAAUUGUGACAGCUGUAAUAUUGUUAAAAAAAGAAGAAGAAAAAAAGGUGUUUACAGAAAACGUGGAUGGACAUUAAACUGUGUGUAGGUGAGAUCAGGUGACUCAGGCUGCUUGUCCUUGAUCCAUGUCCUUUCUUAUCUGGAUGUAAUAAAAUAUAUUGAUGGGAAAGUCUUCUUGGUACCUCUUUGAUGGACUUUGAUCUGUAGUGUCAUACGACUUGUCAUUGUCCUUCCACAACUGUAACACAAAUGUAAAUGAAUGCUAAAGAAUAAAAUCAAACUGUGAGUUUAAUUUUCUUAAGAC